GCGCGAGGAGGCGGUGCGGCUGUUCCUGGCGCUGCAGGCGCUGGAGGGGGCGCGGCGCCCCGGGCCCCUGAUGCAGGGUGUGCUCCAAACCUGCCGGGACCUGCCCGCGCUCCGCGACGAGCUCUUCCUGCAGCUGGCUAAGCAGACCUCGGGCCCCGCAGGCCCUCCCGGGCCCCCAGCUACCCAAGACCCUGCGGCCCUUCGGUACUGGCAGCUCCUCACCUGUAUGAGCUGCACCUUCCGGCCGGGGGGAGCUGUCCGCGGGCACCUUCUGGGGCAUCUGGAGAGGACGGAGCAGGCGCUCCCGGACACGGAACUGGCGGAGUACGCGCGCUUCAUCAGGAAAGCGCUGGGCCGGACGCGCGGCCGCGAGCUGGUGCCUUCGCUGGCAGAGAUUUCGGCGCUGAGCCAACGGCAGGAGCUCUUAUGCACCGUGCACUGUCCCGGGGCUGGUGCCUGUCCUGUGGCCAUAGACUCCCACACCACGGCGGGCGAGGUUGCUCGAGAGCUGGUGGGACGGCUGGGCUUGGCCCGGAGCCGCAACGCUUUCGCGCUGUAUGAGCAGCGAGGGGCCCAGGAGCGAGCCCUGGCCGGGGGUACUCUCGUGGCCGACGUGCUCACCAGUUUGGCGGUGGAGGAAGCCGGGCUGGACGACUCCCCGGACUCUGGUUGGAGACUGUGUCUGCGUCUUCACGGGCCCCUGCACCCUGAGGGUCUGUCCCCAGACGGUCACGAACUGCCUUUCCUCUUUGAGCAG